CAGUCGGAUCAGUGAGGCCAGCAAACACAAGGUGGGGGCGGAUGUUAGUGGCUAGAGUGUGCAACGGCAGUGGGAGACGGAAUCAGCCGCACCCUGGGUCCCGUUCUGAUGGAAUCUGGGAAUCCCGAGACCAUCUUAGAGUCUGCCUUGGAACGGGUGAUGAAAGCCACCGCCCUGACCUAGCCCACGCUCUGCCUUCUACUCCGGAAGCGGAAGUGAUGGACACGGAAGCGGUCUGUUGCCGAGGGGACGGGCCGGGCAGAUGCCAACAUGGCAGCGGUUGGAGUUGACGGAUCCACUGCGGCGGAGACAGUCUCUGCCAGUGCUUUGGAGCCUGGGGCCGCCACUACGGGUGAGACGGACUGAGGCCCAGCAGUCUACCGGGCGAAGCUCAUCGGCGUCUCAAGUACAUAUCCCUAGCUGUGCUGGUGGUCCAGAAUGCCUCCCUCAUCCUCAGCAUCCGCUAUGCCCGCACACUGCCUGGGGACCGCUUCUUUGCCACCACCGCUGUGGUCAUGGCCGAAGUGCUCAAAGGUCUCACCUGUCUCCUGCUGCUCUUUGCACAGAAGAGGGGUAAUGUGAAGCACCUGGUUCUCUUUCUCCACGAGGCUGUCCUGGUGCAGUAUGUGGACACACUCAAGCUAGCAGUACCCUCUCUCAUCUACACCUUGCAGAAUAACCUCCAGUAUGUCGCCAUCUCCAAUCUUCCAGCUGCCACAUUCCAGGUGACGUAUCAGCUGAAGAUCCUGACCACCGCAUUGUUCUCUGUGCUCAUGCUGAACCGCAGCCUCUCACGCCUACAGUGGGUCUCCCUGCUGCUCCUCUUCACUGGUGUUGCCAUUGUCCAGGCACAGCAAGCUGGUGGGGGAGGCCCACGGCCAUUGGAUCAGAACCCUGGGGCAGGCCUAGCAGCUGUUGUGGCCUCUUGUCUCUCCUCAGGCUUCGCAGGUGUCUACUUUGAGAAGAUCCUCAAAGGUAGCUCAGGUUCUGUGUGGCUACGUAACCUACAACUCGGCCUCUUUGGUACAGCACUGGGCCUGGUGGGGCUCUGGUGGGCGGAGGGCACUGCUGUAGCCCGCCGUGGCUUCUUCUUUGGGUAUACACCUGCUGUCUGGGGUGUGGUACUAAACCAGGCCUUUGGUGGGUUGCUAGUGGCCGUUGUUGUCAAGUAUGCUGACAACAUCCUCAAGGGCUUUGCCACUUCCCUGUCCAUUGUGCUGUCCACUGUUGCCUCCAUUCGCCUCUUUGGCUUCCACCUGGACCCGUUAUUUGCCCUUGGUGCUGGGCUCGUCAUUGGUGCCGUCUACCUCUACAGCCUUCCCCGAGGUGCAAUCAAAGCCAUAGCUUCACCUUCCACCUCUGCUUCUGGGCCCUGCAUUCACCAACAGCCUCCUGGGCAGCCACCACCACCACCACAGCUGUCUUCCCGAGGGGACCACAUCACGGAGCCCUUUCUGCCAAAGUUGCUCACCAAGGUGAAGGGUUCGUAGCUGCCGGAGUUGAAGAUGCUGGCCUGCCUUCGUUCUCCCUUCUAGUCCUGGCCCAGCCGGGACUAAACUCUUAUCAGUAUUAGGGGGAGGGGGAGGUAGGCAUGGGAACUCCCUGUCCCCACCAACCCUGCCCCCACACAGGGCUAACAUGACUAAGCUCUGUUAAUAGGUCCACCUCAACUCCUGCUACCCCCCCGCAGUAUUUCUUAGGUGAGUUUCUGCAAAUAAAAUGUGUUUUGUAUCUUGUCAGCUUGGGUUGGAAAGCCUGGAAAGAAU